AUGAGCGUUGUGAACCCGACUCAAGAGUCUUUUGUGAGUUACCCAUUAUUUCUUGUCUUGGUUAUUGAUUUUUUCAUAAUUUCAGGAAAAAGGCAUACCAAUUGUAAAAUGGAAACAAAUAUCUGUAGCUUCUGGUCCAUCUCCGAAACCACGUCAUGGGCAUCGCUCGGUUUCUUUAAAAGAAUUAAUUGUGGUGUUCGGUGGUGGAAAUGAUGGAAUAAUUGAUGAGUUACAUAUUUAUAAUACUAGCACCAACUCGUGGUUUACACCAACAAUUCGGGGUGAAACUCCGCUUCCGUGUGCUGCUUUUGGUGCAGCUGUAAUUGGAACCAGAAUAAUAACUUUUGGAGGAAUGUUAGAAUAUGGAAGAUAUACGAAUGAAAUUCACGAAUUACAAGCAACUCGAUGGGAAUGGAAGAAACUCAAACCACGAGCGAAUGGAACUGAAUAUCCAUGUCCAAGAUUGGGUCAUUCAUUUGCUAUAAGUCAAAAAACAAGCAUCGCUUAUGUUUUUGGAGGAUUAGCAAAUGAUUCAACAGAUCCGAAAAAGAAUGUUCCUCGUUAUCUCAAUGAUUUAUAUUCAAUUGAUGUCUCAGUUGCACCAAAUGUAUUUCAAUGGGAAUGUCCAAAAACAAUCGGAGAAGGUCCAUCAGUUCGUGAAAGUCAUACAGCUGUAAUUGUUGAAAAUAUAAAUAGAAGAGUUAUGAUUAUCUAUGGAGGAAUGAAUGGUUCAAGAUUAGGCGAUGUUUGGUUCCUUAAUUUGGAUAAUUUAUCAUGGUCACAAAUGGAUAAUGUUAUAAAUGGAAAAGUUCCAUUACCAAGAAGUUUACACACUUCAGUUGUUAUUGAUGAUAAAAUGUAUGUGUAUGGUGGAUGGGUUCCAAUGUCAUCAAAUGCUACCGAAAAUGAUCAAUUGAUGGAAAAAGAAUGGAAGUGUACAAAUAGUUUAGCAUGUUUAGAUGUUAAUAAUAUGAUUUGGUCUGAACUUCAUAUGGCAUCAUAUGAAGAAGGUGAGAUAUUUCGAAGAUUUUCGAAAAAAUGAGAAAAGAUCUUAUUUUUUGUUUUCAGAAGAGAUUCCUCGUCCUCGUGCUGGUCACUGUGCUUCGGCUGUUGGUUCAAGAAUGUAUAUUUGGUCAGGUCGAGAUGGAUAUCGAAAAGCUUGGAGUAAUCAGGUAGGUCUCAUUUGAAUCUCGGAUCGGAUAGAUAAAUUCGAGUUUCAACAGAUCCAAAAAGAAACUUUGAAGGUUUGCUGCCGCGAUCUUUGGGUGCUGGAAACUGUGAAACCGGAACAACCGGGACGUGUACAAUUGAUUCGAGCCAGUUUUAAUAGCCUUGAUGUAAGUGUUUUUUGUGUUGGAAAUGUUGGUGGGAAACAUUUUGAAUUUUUUAAAAAUAAAAUAUAAGAAUCAAUUUCUUCCAAAUCUUGAAAAAAUCUUAAAAUAAAUUUCCAGAUAUCUUGGUCUGCUGUUCCUUCAGCCGAUUUUUAUCUUCUGCAAAUUGCGCCGACUGAAAAUAAAACUGAAACUGGAACUGAAUCACCAAACAAAAAUGGAAAUUCAUCAACGACUCCAGUUGUAAAAGUAAUGAGAGGACAACAAGUUCUUCGAGUUGUUAAACAGACAACACCAACAAAUAAUGCGCCCAAAAAAGCGAUUAUUAUUUCGAAAGAAGAUGGAGUUACUCAAAAGUAAGCUGGGAGAUAUUAGAUCUAGAAAUUCUUAAGAAUGGGAAUCAAGAAAGGGUCUUGUUGUCUUAAAAUCAAAUCUGAAAAAAAAGCAGAAGUUUUUGAAAAUUGAAAAUCUGCUCAUGUUUCAAAAUGUUUUCAAAUUCAUUCUAGGAAAAAAAUUAAUGAAAAAUACUUUUUCGAAAAAAAUGAAUUAAUUUGUGCAAAAAAAUUCAUUUGCAAAAAUAGUACUUUUUGAGAAAAAUUUGAAUAAACAAUUUUCUCGCCAAAUUUCACCUGUCAAAAUUGUUGAUUAUUCUGGUUUCCUUUUCAAAUUUCAAAAAUUCUUUGCAGAGUUGUUUUCCUCUCAAACGAAGUGAGCGGCGGUGAAAAACCAGAAACCUCAUCUCCGGCCCAAAAUUCAUCAUCACUUAUAUCAACUCAAGGAACAACUUAUACAGCUCCAUCUCAACAAGGAGAAGAAGGAACUUUGCCUCAGAAUCUUUUCGAAGAAUCUGGAAAUGAAGACGGCGGUGCACCACCAUCACCAGCAAAUCCACCUCAAGAAACACCCAAAAUUGAAGAGAAUAAUCCGAAUGAAGAAGGAUUGGUUGAAGUGAAAAAAGAAGAAGAAGGAGGAAUUAAUGAAUCUGGAGAAAAAGAAAAACAAAAAGAAGGAGAAACUGAAAAUGAAGAAACUAAAGAUGAAAAUGAAACUGGUGCUGAAAAUGAAGUAAAACAAGAAGAAAUAGCUGUAAAAGAAGAGGAACCAGAUAGUGAAAUGGAAUGGUUUGAUAUUGGAUUGGUGAAAAAUUUGCAAUGUGGUGUGACACAUUAUUUUUCGAAAAGUUGGACCAAUAAUAUGGGACAUAAUUUGGAGGUUUGUUGAACAUUUUGGCUCUUUUCAGCUUGGAAAUACAAAGGUAUUAAAUUUGGUUUAUUGAAUUUCAGUUUCUGAGUUCAAGUAAAAGUUUAAAAUUUCAUAUUUCAUAUUAUCUAGCUUUGCCGAAAAUUCGAACAUGAAAAAGUCGUUUCAGAAGCCAUAUUGUUCAAUUUUAAAUUCAUAGCUUGAGUCAAUUGGAUAAUAUUGAAACGUUCUAUCCGAAAAAUAGGAUUUUUAUCAUCCUCUUUACAAUUUUCAGGCAUAUUUGGGUAUGAGUGAACCAAUGUUGGCAUCAAAUGCAAAUAUAACCGCAGAACAACGUGUCAGUCUCGAAUCUGGAACAAGUUAUCGUUUCCGAGUUUGUGCAAUGAAUGGACUUGGAUUAGGAGCAUGGAGUGAAGUAUCGACUUUCAAAACAUGUUUGCCAGGUUUUCCAAGUGCGCCAUCAUCAAUUCGAAUCACAAAAGGAACCGAAGGUGCACAAUUAACAUGGGAACCACCAGGAAAUGCACCAGGAAGAAUAUCUGAAUAUAGUGUGUAUUUGGCUGUCAAAAAUUCGACUGGAGCACCAGAAAGUCAAUUGGCUUUUAUGAGAGUUUAUGUGGGAGGAGAUGCGGAAUGUGUUGUACAACAAAGUUGUCUUCAAUCAGCAUAUGUUGAUCAAACCAAUAAACCAGCUAUUAUUUUUAGAAUUGCUGCCAGAAAUGAAAAGGUAUGUGGGGGUUUUUUUUAGGUGGAAAUAUGUGUCCUUAUUUUGAAAUUGCUAUGGAUCUAUUAAUUUUUUUUUAAAGAAUUGUGGAAUACAAAUAUUAAUUUUUGUUAGAACUUUAUUGUCAAAAGCCAGCCUAAAUUCAUAAUUUUCAUUUUAAAUUCUAAAUUUAUCCCCACAUUCACUUAUUCAAAAAACCUUUCUAAUAUCCGGUGCGUCAAUCCGAACGUCAGUCAUCUUAUUUUUGAAAAAGAUUACUUUUUGUCACCAUUUAUUAGUAUUGUUUUUUAAUCCGAUGCUCUUUUCUUCUCACCCGAAGAAAAUAUUUUGCAUGCUAUUUAUGAGUCAGAAAAUAUUGAACGUUUUCAAGCACGUUUUUUUCUGGAAACCAAAAAUUAUACAUUCUAUUUGGAGGCUUCGAUUGUUUUAGUUUCUAAAUUUAGCAUUUUUGAAAUUCGGAGAAAACAGAAAAAUUUGGGAUAAACAUUCUAGGAAAAUCUAGUUCACAUCAUUUUUUUUCGAACUUCCAAAUUAUAUUUCUGAAUGACAUUAUUUGCAGGGAUAUGGUCCAGCAACUCAAGUCAGAUGGCUCCAAGAUCAAAAACCAAUUCCAACUCAGCCAGGUCCAAGUGCAGCAAUUGCCCGCUUCCCAGUUUCCGGAAAUCCCCAAUCGGCCGCUUUUCAUUAUCAACAAGCACAAGUUCCGAUAAAACGAGCAAGACUCGAAUAA